AUGGAUGCCAUCAUGAAGGACCUGCACGCUCUAACACGAUACACGUGGUACUACAAGCCCGACGAGGAUGACGUCCAAGUUGCAGAGUUGUCCUUGCAAUACGCUCUGCAAUGGAAGGCUGUGAGCUACGAUGCAAUUGCCCGCCUGGCCGUCGUCAUGCAGUACCUCUAUUGCACAAUGGCGGCCCUCGAGCCCGUUGACGUGUACCUAAACCCUUACUCUCUCCCGGAAGAGCCCGAUUAUCACCCACUCGGGGAGACCCGAUCGUCCCUCAUGUACCUCAUAGAGAGCUGCGGGAUCCACGCUGCAAAGUUCUCGGGGCUCUCUAGGAGCCUCCCUUUGGUUGCGUUUGCCAGGCGCCGCUGCUACAGGCAGGCAGCAGACGUCUGGUGGAAGAGCAGGUUGAAGCUCGAGGCUUUUCACAAGGCCCUCGGCUGGCUGUGGUUCACCCUCAAGCGCUUCACACAGGCAGCCUCUCUUGCCCGCAGAGAGGGCCUCGCAGCAAGGGAACGCACUGUCCUGCGCAUGGAUGCUGAGAGGAUGCAAGUGACAAUCGGGGACUUUGUAGACAAGUGGUUGGCGGAGUUGCGUGACGCACAAUCGGAGGCUAAGAAGCACGAGUAUAGCAGCGAUACACGCCUGUACUAUGAGAAGCACGUGCAGGAUUUGCUGGACGAGUUGGCAAGGGAGCUCGUGACUUACAUUGAGCACCCACCGGGGUACGAGAGCAACGAGAAGGCCGGGAUAACUGCCAAAGAUGGCAAACUCGUUGUCGCUCUGGAUGGCGACGAUUACAACACGGCAAGCGAGGCGACCCGCAGCGCCCGCUUGAGCUUUGUGAUGGGAAAGAUCCUCAAGGAGAAGGGCACUCUGGCGCAGGGUGGCGAUCUCAGCCUAUACAAUGCGGUGAGCAAUCUCUUGAAACCAUCGCGCCUGAGCCCUCCGCCUGACAGGCUUUCGCUCAACCCAGAGUACGUUGACUUCAACACAAAGAGCCUUCCUGACGCGCAAGAGGAUGGUCAGACCCACAUCUUCUACGAUCCAGCAAACGUAAGCGACAACCUGGAGCUGAAGAAAGUCUUCCGAUCAAGGGUGAACCUCGAAGAUGUUGAUCAGUACAGGAAUGCCAAUCACCGCUUUGGGACUACCUUGACGAAUCGGUUCAUGCACCCCGACUACCGGACACUUGACAAGCGCCUUGCAAACAGGGUUCCCCUCAUGAACAAGAACACGUUUGAGAAGGGUAAGAGCAACGUGAAGGCUUGGGUUGCCAAUCGGACUGCUCUUCCUCUAAACAAGAACGCAUUCGAGAAAGGGAAAGGCAACAUGAAGGCUUGGGUUGCCAGUCAGAACAAGCGAGUCAACAAGCAGGCUGAUGUUGCGCUAAAUAAUCAAGGCCUGACUGCAACCGCUGAGGACAAACGCCUCAUUGCUGAAAGCAUACCUUUGGGAGAAGAGAGCACUGCAAAGGCUAUUGCAAACGUGGCUCUAACCACCAACGGGGGCCCUCCCCCAGUGAAAGCAGUCAGUGGAGCCCUCAAGGACAUUCUCCAGCCAGGACAGGUGACACCAGAAUCUGUCGCAACAGUCUUCAAGCAGAACAACCUCGUAGCUUCCAAAAAUGGUCACGAAAGUGUUGCAAAUGUUGCAACAACAGGAAACCCAUCGGCCGUGCUUGCCGCGGUGGCGCAGGUUGCAACAUUUCCUGCUGGUGGUGAGGCCCCAACUGAGGCAGUGGUUUCGGCCGCCAACGCAAUCAACAAGUCGGCAAAGGCCAAUCACCAAACUCCCAACUUUGCAAACUUUGAUAGGUCGCAGCUGGGCACGGGCACAAAGACUGGUCCGAACCUCAAGACUCCCAACCAGUUGAAUGCAAAGGGCGGCUCAAACGCUUCCAAGAUGGCGGCAACUCAGGUUGCCCUGAUUGGCAACGGAUUCAGAGCAAACGGCCCGGAGGGACUCGCAAACAUUGCAAAAAAGGCCGGAGCUCCAAAUAAGGAUCUGCGUGAGACAAUUCAGAACAACACCACAGGUGCAAGGAACAAUGUCCAGGUUGCAAAUGCGGCAGAGGCUGUAAAGGUGCUCACAGGGUCUAAACUGUCAGAAUCAAUGGCUGCAAACGGGCUCAACAAAAUCAACACCAGCAAGAAUCCUUUCGUGUCCAAGAACAACAAUAAGAACAAAGGAAUCUCAGGAUCGAACCUGUCAAACUCAAUGGCGGCAAACGGAUUCAACAAAACAAACACCACAAAAAAUCCCUUUGUGACCAAGAACAACACGGCCAACAAACCAAUUGUAAGUUCAACCGGGAUGGGCUGGAAGUAA